AGUAGAAAUUAUAAUGAAAGCGAGGAUGAUCGUGUUGGUAUAAAUGGUUGCCAUGGGGCGCGUCGGCGUCACCCUACUCGGGCGUUCGCAAGAGGCAGCUUAUCGAAUAGCUGCACAAGAAAUAAAAGUACACGUUCGAUCAACGAAUGAGCCGGUAAACAAAGUCGCGGAAACUUGGUGCUAGGCAAUAAUAGUGAGCAGUUUGAAGCGAGAAGGUGGCAUAGGAUGUUGCAAACGCUGCAGCUGACACGGGUUGAUUACGCGAGUGUAGGUGUUACGUCGCGGGCCACUACUCUGUUGUUACCCCCGAGCGAGGCAGCCGUCGGCAAGCCCAACACUCAGAGCUUCGUCGUGGGCGAUCACGAUGGUGUCCUUCACGUUUACGGUCAAAAGCGAGGAGAGCUGCAGGUACUGUUCAAGUCACUGCCAGGGCCAAAAAUCAGCAGGCUCUCGCUGGGCGGGGCGUCGGUACCGAAAGACAAGAUUUUCCUGGCACACGGCAACACGGUCAUGGGCUACACGCGAAAAGGAAAAGUCUUUCUCGAAUUCGAUACGAGCUUAAUGGAGCCCAUCUCUGCCAUGAGCAUAUUGGGUUCGGAUUUGGCAGCUUGCGCCCGAGACCUGUACCACCGCUACAGAGACUGCAAGGAUGCCGAUUCGUACCUGGCCGGGGAAAAAUUGCUCGAUGUCGUUCUGCUUCCGGCUGGCCCGAACGUCGUCAUCGCCAUACUCGCUUGCGCCGACUGCGCGAUUAGAGUUCUUCACAGUACCAAGAGUCCCGCUGUGUUGCGGCUGCCGAGCGUGCCCACCGUUCUCACGCCCUACAGAGACGAAGACAAAGAGUCGUACGAGCACGUGUUGAUGGGAACGAUGGACGGUAAGGUGGGCCUAUUGAUGCUCGACAAGGAGAAAAACAUCCGAGUCAGUUGGCUGCUGAACAAAGCAGCUUCGGAGGUGAGGUCGCUCGAUUCCUUUAAAAUCGACGACUCGGUCGACUUGAUAAUCGGCAGACAGGACGGUUCCAUCGAGAUCUUCACCUUCCCAACCGAGGACGAUCCCAUCCCAAUGAGGAGAUUUCAAUACAACGCCGGCGAGAGCAUAAGCUGCGUGCUCGGCGGCAGAAUAAGCUCGGCCGACUUCCCCGAGCUGUUGGUCACUACCUACUCGGGCAAGAUCUUCGGCUUGACGAGCCAACCGGUCGAUCAGAACCAGCACGGCGAUGCGGCCCUCGUCAAGCUCCAGGCCGAGCUCCAGCAGCUCGCGGACGAGCUGAAAAAGGAGCCCACGGGCUCUCCUUUCUUCGGCGACAAUCUCAAGCCUCUCGUUCUGUCCCUGAACCAUCGCUUGGCGCUCAAUCAAGAGGACGCGUCGUACACGUUUUUCCUGGAACUCGACCGGUCGAUCGACAACGUCCUCGUGCAGUCGGACACGCCGCUGGAGCUCAUCGACUCCGAGAACAACAACGCCGUCCUCAGUCUGUCCAGUUGCAAUCCCAGCGAGGGCAACUACGUCUUGGCGACUUACCGCUGCCAAGACAACACCAACCGGCUGGAAAUCAAGUUCCGCAGCAUCGAAGGCCAACCUGGAACUCUGCGGGUUUACGUGACUUCGCAGUUGCAACCCAAGUGCUGCCGCAGAAUUCAAGUGCAUCUUUGCGCCCUGUCGCUGCACGCGAGAAUCCACGCGAACGACCAAGAGCCGCGAGACGAGCACAUUGGGCCCUUCAACGAGUUGCGCUUGACCGGCGGAUUCUCCAUGGCCGAAAUGCACGCGUGGCUCGCGUUGUCCUUGCCCGAAGUACCGGAGAGACCGUCCAUCAAGGCCGAAGAAGCCGAGGCCUCGUUGCUCUACAGAUCUACAGCCGUAGGCACGAUCGUCAAGUGUCGAUACAGGAAAGGAGUAGCCAACUUUCAAAGUGAAAAUAUUACCUCCAUCAUACUUUUACGAGACAUUUUAACAAAAGAAGCUACCAAAAGAAAAAUCAAGCUUGAAGUUUAUUUUGACGUCUCCGAAGCUAGUAUGAAUAGAGUUAUCGAAGUGAUUUAUCCAAAACUUACACAAGCCAAAACUCUGCUCGAGCGAAUAAAGUGUCUCGAUGCGCUUGAAGAGUGGGAAAUGAAAAACAACCCGAAAGAACUUUGUACCGAGUACCAACACAUUAUCAACGAUGAGACUGAAUUGAGAGCCAAGUACAAAAAUGAUCCCCAUGCUCUAAAGAGGCUUCAAGGAAUCGUAGUAGACCUCUACGUCGAUUGGGAGCGGGCAAAAGGUUCACGCCGCAUAUCCAACAAACAAGCCGAAGAGAAACUACAAGAUGCACUGGAAUCGAUGGAGCUGUCGGCGCUAUUACGAGCUUUUGUUAUAAAAGACACUGGGCUGAUUUCAGCACCUGUACUAUUGCAAUGAGGGAUCAACAACAAAAGAUAACACACUGUUUUUCU